CUUGCAAUGUUUUGUCAUUACACGAGCACAUCAACAGAAAGAAGUUCAAGAUUGUUCAAGAUGUGGAAUUUGUCAGUUUGCGUCCUCUUCUUAUUCAUGUUAUCCCGCGUUAGAAGUUUGCAGCUCAACGAGGCGGGACAAUUCUUCAAUAGCAGACGAUACGGAGGUUUUGUCAGUGUUUCAGAAAACGAGAACUCAUUCAUCAUUAUGUCUAACGGUGUGCCUGACCACGCCCCCGAUACCCAGACAUCACAACCAAUCAUACUUCGGAACAACGUCUUUAAUGUUCCGAAGAACCCCACGAUAGCAGAAGAACCCGGAUGUCUCCCGAUGGGACCAAUAGGAAUAUCUCGGACCGGCGUGGUUAUCUUUAACCCUCUCAACAGAGAGGGUCAGAAUGCCGUGGAAGGUGACACAGCUGAACAGCUAGAUGAAUGUAGUGGUCAUGCAGACCGCAUGGGCGUCUACCACUACCACGCCCUUCCUACAAACUGUCUAUACAAGGGAGAAGAAGACGAACUGAUUGGUGUAGCACGUGACGGGUUUCCUAUUUACGGACCAAUGGCGUCUGACCUUAAACGAGAGGUCAUGAACUCUGACCUUGACGAAUGUCACGGUCGGUUUGUAAACGGACAGUACCGAUACCAUGCUACCAACCAAUUCCCAUACUUCCUUGGGUGUUUAAGGGGAACCAUGCCCCGUCGAAUGGGGGAGCCGACGAGAACCUGCAAUGAAACGUCAGCUUUCGACAAGCAAUGGGGCUACUUGUGUGCAUGCGACAGACCUAACACCACGGACAGGCAGGGUCAAGGUCGUUUCUCGCCGGUGUUGGGAAGGGACGGAUCUCCACGACCUAUGGGGUUUAUCCCAGGCCAGGGUCAAGACCCGUUUGGAAGAAGACAGAUGAGUCCAGGUCCCAUGGUGGGAGGACAAAUUCCAGGACAGGUUAUGAUUGGUCCUAACGGACAGCCAAUCAGCACAGCAAAUCAAUUUCAAAUCGGCCCCAAUGGGCAGAUAGUUAACGGCGAAAAUCAACUCCAAAUUGGACCAAAUGGACAAAUAAUUGGUAGAGGAAACCCAAUGCAAGAUGGUGCCAAUGGACAACUACAGAAUCCCGGAAGUCAACUUCAAAUUGGUCCGAACGGAAAUCCUAUUCAAAUGCCUAUAUCGACAGGUCCUAGUGCUACUCAAGGACAAAGACCUCUGGGAUUUUUACCUUCACAACAACAAGGAGAGGGAACUGAACAAGCAAAUGGAAAUCCAGUACAAGGACAGAUUCCGAGACCUCUCGGAUUUUUACCUACACAACAACAAACUGGAGGAGAGCAAGUGUCUAUUGGACCAAACGGUCAAAUAAUUAAUUCUGAAAGUCGAAUUCAAAUUGGUCCUAACGGAAACCCAAUUCAGAUGCCUAUUAUGACAGGUCCGGGUGCUAUUCAAGGUCAAGCACAGAGACCUCUCGGAUUUAUGCCUGCACAACAGCAAGCUAGAGGAGAACAAGUGUCUAUUGGACCAAAUGGACAAAUUAUAAGCUCGGAAAGUCAAAUUCAAUUUGAUCCAAACGGUAACCCUGUUCAAAUGCCUAUAUCGACAGGUCCAGGUUCCAUUCAAGGACAAAGACCUCUCGGAUUUUUACCAACGCAACAACAAGGAGAGGGAACUGAACAAUCAAAUGGAAAUCCCGUACAAGGACAGAUUCCGAGACCUCUCGGAUUUUUACCUACACAACAGCAAACUGGAGGAGAGCAAGUGUCUAUAGGACCAAACGGUCAAAUAAUUAAUUCUGGAAGUGAAGUUCAAAUUGGUCCUAACGGAAACCCAAUUCAGAUGCCUAUUAUGACAGGUCCGGGUGCUAUCCAAGGUCAAGCACAGAGACCUCUCGGGUUUAUGCCUACACAACAGCAAGCUAGAGGAGAACAAGUGUCUAUUGGACCAAACGGUCAAAUAAUCAAUUCCGGAAGUCAAAUUCAAAUUGGACCUAACGGAAACCCAAUCCAGAUGCCUAUCAUGACAGGCCCGGGUGCUAUUCAAGGUCAAGCACAGAGACCUCUCGGGUUUUUACCUACACAACAACAAAGAGAGGGUGGACAAUUUUCAGGAAACCCAGGACAAGGACAGAUUUCAACUCCACUUGGAUUUUUGCCUGGACAAGAGAUAGGCAGACAACAACCCAAUGGAAUGCAAAGACAGCAGACACCUCUCGGAUUUUUACCAAGACCAUCCGUUGAAGGUGCUGAACAGUUGACCAGCAUGCCCGGUCAGGGUCAAAUACCAAAUGUUAAUGGCCGUCCACCUUUUCCAGGGGCUUUCCCCUUACCUCAAAAUGGCGAACAAUCGAACAGUGAACAAUCACGCUUCGCAAACGGUGUCGCUGAAAACGGUGAACAACCACGUACUGUAAACGGUAUCCAACAAAAUGGCGAGCAACCACUUCCGAUAUUCGUUAACGGUGUUGCACAGAACCCGGAUCAGCCAAUGACGAGACUGGUAAGGACACAGAACGGUCAAGUAAUCUCUGUAUUGGUUAACUCUGGUUCUCAGAAUGGACAGACACUCACCGUCCCCCGCGUCGAUCGACCGAUAGGGAACAAUAUUCCAAGGUUCGAAGUUCGCCGCUUCGGUCAGCCACCUACCACCUUCUUGACACAAAAUGGCGGAAUGAUUCCAACUGCCAACCCACAAGUUCCAGGGCAACCACCAAUGGUAGGGCCUCCGUUUGUAAGGCAAAAUGCAAACGGGAUGGGAAUAGGGCCUCAAGGUCAAGGACGAUUUCAACCUAUUAAUCCUUCACCUUCAUCAAAUGCUGCAGUUCAAGGUCAAACUGAAACCAUAGAAGGUCUAGAGAUCCUUGAUAAAUCUACUCAAGAAAAUAAUCAGGAGAUAUCCGAUUCCUUGUUACGAAAACCUUUUGAUGGUCAACGGCGACGGUUGCCUGGUUUUGGUCAGUAUGGUAGAUAUCAUAUGUUCAACAUGUAUCUAGGGGACAAGUUAUGAUUCCAUCCAGACAAAGGAGAGGUGUAUGCGAGAUAUAAAGUCACCAAAGAGCCAGUAAGAGGUCGGCGUCCACCCCAUUUUGCGUGAGAAGAACUUUAGCUCAGUACGCAAUUGGAAGUGAAGUUUGAUAUAGUACUACAUCUAGUAAUACCGACCGUUGAGUGAGGAGACUUUCGUUGAGUACUGUUCACCGUUCCGUAUUAUGGAGCUACGACUUUGAGAUAGUAUAGCCGAACUUAAAACAAAGAUAUUGUUGUAUAUAACGAUCAACUUUACGACUUUGGAUACUGCCGAACUUUGUGCAAGAAUGUCGUUAAGGUAUACUGAACGUUUAGCAAUUGACAGUAGCUGUUUGAGAGCAAAUGUUGUUUAGGAGAGAUAUUGAACCGACAUAUUUCAAAUUUAUGGUGCAAAAUUAGAAUUCACCAAAAAGCGCGACUGUAUGGUUUAUCGGUCGUGUGUCAAAUAAAACACUUUUGUAAUUUUAUAGAAAUAUGGAAAACUAAAUAAUGUAACAGUGGAAAUUGUCGAGAACGCAAAUUAUUGCAUAUUGACGCUUCGUACAAUUCGCGGAGAGGAUAUUUUCGCGUUUGAAAUGUAGCCGUAAUGUAUAUCUAUAAUUCCGCGUAAAUAUUUCACGCAGAUUUAACAUAUCGCGUAGAGAAUAUGUCAACAGCGAAAAAAUGUUUUUUUUACAGUAUAUAAAUCAAUAUUGUGUAUGUGAGAAUGAGAUAUUAUAUUUGUUUGUGUGAGAGUCUCCUUUCUGUAGAAUUCAUAUAAUAUUAUUUGAAAUAAGUCAGUCAAACAGUUGUUGUACAUUGUAUGUAUUUACCUUUUAUAAAGUUUAUAAUAUAGUUUCUAAUGUUUGAUACUUAGGAGGGAGAUAAUUACAGGAAGGGCCAUCCUUAAUGUUGAAUAUGUAAAUUAAUGAAUAUGAAAUCCAUAAUUCUGUGUUGUAAACAAAUAAAAAU